AUCUGAUUAUUAGACCGGGGGACUCAGUAGCCAAUGAAGUGGCUUCAGGACGAGCAGACAUAGGUAUAGCUGGAUUAUAUACCACAGCAGAAAGGUUUAGAGAAAUGGAUCUAAGUUUUGGUCAUUCUCAAGAUUGUGCCGCGUUUAUUACUUUGGCAUCAACUGCGUUGCCUCGGUACCGCGCAAUUUUGGGACCAUUUCAUUGGCAUGUUUGGGUGGCAUUAACCUUUACAUAUCUGAUUGCAAUUUUCCCAUUAGCGUUUACUGAUAGGCAUACACUAAGUCAUUUAAUCAAUAAUAGUGGUGAGGUGGAAAAUAUGUUUUGGUAUGUCUUUGGGACUUUUACGAACUGUUUCACAUUUGUUGGGAAAUACUCCUGGAGUAAAACUGAUAAGGUUACAACUAGGCUCUUAAUUGGUUGGUAUUGGCUAUUUACUAUAAUCAUAACAAGCUGCUAUACCGGUUCAAUAAUAGCAUUUGUAACUUUACCAAUAUACCCCGAGACGAUUGACACUGUAAGUCAACUUUUGAGUGGAUUCUUCCGAGUAGGAACAUUAGAAAGGGGAGGUUGGGAAAGAUGGUUUGUAAACUCAUCAGAUCGAGCUACGCGGAAACUGUUGAAAAAUUUAGAAUUUGUACCCGAUAUUGAGACUGGAAUAAGAAAUGUGACGAAAGCAUUUUUCUGGCCGUACGCGUUUCUUGGAUCGAAGGCAGAGUUGGAAUAUCUUGUCCAAUCGAAUUUUUCGAUGUCUGAAUCUAAACGCGCGGUCCUGCAUAUAUCAAAUGAAUGCUUUGUGCCAUUCACGGUGGCUUAUAGUUUUCCUAACAAUUCUGCUCACACUGCAAAGUUGAGCAUGGAUCUAAGGACUAUGUUUCAAAGUGGGAUCGUUGAUAAAAUAACGCAAGACGUGAUGUGGGAAAUUCAUAAUAAAGGAGGAAAAACACUACUGACGACUAGAUCAUCUACACUCUCAUCCAAUUCGAUAGAAGAAAAGGGUUUGACGUUGGAAGACACGCAAGGAAUGUUUCUGUUACUAGGCGCCGGAUUCUUAUUAGCUUCAAUUGCACUGUUAUCGGAGCUGUUGGGUGGGUUCUCGCGUAGGUGCCGACAGUUGAGAAGAAGACUAUCUACUACUGAAGAAACAGAAACUUCUCGAAACGAUAGCAGACUCUACUUUAACACAAGAUCGAUCAGUUUCGAAUCAAAAGAGACCCUUGAUGGACAGAUCAUACACGUUAGCCAAGAAGCUAUAACAAUACAUAAUAAUUACGAUGGAUAUGAUUCUAGAAAGUCAAGCUCUUUGGAUUUGGAUAAAGAAGUUGAAAGAAUUUUCAGAAGAGAUGAAAUGAGGAAGCUCCAAUCGAAGUCUAUAGAUGAGAGAGUUAAUACAGCUUCGAAGGUGUUCGGUGAUCAAGUGUUUGAUUAA